AGUUAAUGCAUCAAAUAUGGCUACUGACAUGCAAAACAUGACUCGAUAAAAAUGAAGAAGAAAAUAAGCAAGUUGUCACCGACUCGGUAAUGUAUUAAACGUACAUGAUUUCGCAUUGUGUCGCGGGCUUUUUAGUGAGUUACAUCUGCUUAACCUGUAUCGUUUUCUUGUGACAAUACGUUUAAAUAACUAUGAACGAAGAAGCUGAAGAUACUUGCAACUACAAAAGUUUAAAGAAUAGAGAAACCAUGGGUUCACGGACUGGAAGUGUCAACAUUCAAUUUCAAAGGAAACCUAAAUACAAUAAAUUGUUACCUUAUGUAACUGAUUUAGAGACGGAAUCUCAGGCUUUGUUAGCUGAGAUCAAGGCAAAUUUAGGACGAGCUGUUAUACUUCGUGAAAUACAACCAGGAUGUGUUCUUUGGGUUACUAGAUUAUUCGAGUACAUAAAAAUCUAUGGAAUGAAAUUCAGUAAAGAAGAUCAUAUUUUAUUUAUAAAAUUAAUGUAUGAACUGGUUACAAUUCCUGAACUUGAACCAUUUUUAGUGAGUGGAUUUAGUUUCACACUAAUUUUAUUAUUGAAGAAAAAAGGAUUAAUUUCUCCUGAUGAGCUAGAACUUCCAUGGAAACCUCUCUUUGAUUUAGUUGAUCAUGUAACUGCAAAUGAAGAACCUUUCUUGGGAAUGUAUCGUUCUUUCGCAUGUUUAUCAGAUACAUUAAACAUACUUGUACAUGCUGUAAAAAUUUAUUUUCCUUUGAGUGCAACACAGGAAAUAUUAGAUGAGUUGAGACCAACUUUCUUCCCCCUCGAUUCCGUAAUGAUGUCUGCAAGUUUGGAAACAUUAGAAUGGUUCUUACCAGUACAGUUAUCUCCUAAACAUCAUUCUAUCGGACAUGAAUUAUGGUUCAAUGAAUUUAUGUCAUUAUGGGAGGUCUGUCAUAAUGCACCAACUUGGGAAAAUGGUAUGAUGUGGUUAAUGGCAAGAUUGGCUUCUCAUAACAUUGGAUACAUUAAUUGGGAACCCCAUAUUCCAUUAAUGUUUACCAGAUUUGUGCGAUGCUUAAGGCUACCAGUAACUUACAAUCAAAUACAGAGAUGUAAAUAUCACAAAAUAGACACAUCUCCCAUAGCCAUAUGGAUAGCAGCAGUUCUGGGAAAUGGUUCAUCUGCCCAAAUGUAUCUUGAAAAAUUUUUAAAAACUAUAGAGACAUAUUUUCAUCCAGCCAAUACUGGCAGAUGGCUGGGAAAAUUAAAGGAAAUUCUUGUAAAGCUUCCAUAUCAUUUUGUCGCACGUUUACACAAAGAACGAUAUGCUAAGCAAACAUGGGAGACACCUGUUCCUGAAGAGAGCAAAUUAACUGAUAGCGAUAUCGACGCGUUUGUCAAAAGUAUGAUGCCAGUAACCAUGACAGCUAUGGCUAGCAAGCUAUGCGUUAGCGAUGCCUCUCAAGCAUUGCAACAUCUUGCCACUAUGAGGCCUAGUUUAGUAAUCCCAGAUGUUUUGGAAAGAGUCUCUUCUACAUUGGACUCUCUUACAACAGAGCCAUAUAAAUUGAAUGCUACAUUGAGUUACAUGGCAGCCAUAGCUAGACCAAUGGCAGAAGGAUCUAGAAAUAUAAAUAAAGGUUACACUUAUCCAGAAGGACCAACGCAUAUUCUGCCAUUACUAUUUUUACUUUUGCCUAGCAUCGAUCCAAACGACACAGAAAAAUGCUUUGUUGCUUUUCGUCUCAUCUCAGUCUAUGCUACUUAUAUUCCUAUUGUAGACCCUUCCAUACUAACUACAAUAGUGGACGAGGAAGAGAGAAUCAUUUACGAAACUGCAACAGCGAGAUUUGAAGACUUUGUUUUACAAUUUCUGGACAGAGUGUUUUCUUUUAUAGAUUCUAGUUCUCUAGAAACUGUUAGACUGGAAACUCGUGCUGGCGAUGGGAGAAGUAAAUUGGAAAAAGUUACGGAAACUGUACUGAGGGAAGUGUGUACAGUGCUGUUAAUACAGAUUAACGACAAGAUCUUUGAGUGCGCUUUGCACAAAUUACGCACGUUCGUAACUGAGCAUAUUCUAGAAACUAAGGUUGCUGGACAGCUGGCCGCCGUGCUGUGUCGAAUAUUCGCUCGUGUUAAUGGCAAAAAAACUUUGCAUUCGUUGGUACCUGUACUUUCACAAACUAUUUUAGACAUUACUGGUGAAAGUAAUGAUAUUAUAAAAGAAGAAAAUUUAGACGGUCGUCUUUUAUACGCGAUGUUAUUAUUAUCCUCAAUCACUUGUACACCUGGGAAUAAUUUGUUACCAUAUGUAAAUACAUUAACUACUGUCCUGGAUCGAGUCCUAGUCUUAAAAUCAAGAGAAGGAAACGACCUAGCUUGUACACUUUUGAAAUCUAUUCUUUCUUCUUUAUCUACUGUGAUGCCAUAUCAAUUUACAUGUACUGAGGUCAUGCACUGGGGACAAGCUCUAGAUAUUAAUACUUUGAGCGUUAAGUGGUAUAUUCCUGGUGAAGAAGAAAUGGUCGCGGUAAAACAAAUAUUCUAUAAAUAUCUUUUGCCUGAAAUAAGUAAAUUACAAAAAUAUUGCGAAGACUGGAAUACUCUGACGAGGGAAGAGUUGCUGACUAGUUUAAAUAUCAUAAACAGCAUUGUUCAAGCUUGUGAGUCUGUUUUACCAGUCUGGCAAGAAGAACCAUUAGUUACAGUAAAAUCGUCUUUAAAGUGGGUGUCUUUUACGCCAACGCUUGGUAAAAAGGAAGAAAUAUUAAUGCCUGAUGGUAGUAAUGUGAGACGCUCUAUUACCACGCUUAUGAAUAAUGUACAAAAAGUAAUAUUGAAGAAUGCAGAGGACGACACGAAAAGUUUAUUUAUUUUAAUAAAGAUUUGGAAUAGUCUUUUAUUAGGAAAAAUUCGCUUAUCCGAUGCUCAUAAAGCGAGGCGCAAACAUUUCCAAAUUGUAAUGAAAAUGAUGAAGGAUUAUUUAGGAGGAAACAAAGGACUAAUGGGACCGUUUGUAUUACAAUGUGCAGAGAUUCAACACGAAACGCGUGUUCAUUCACAGUUUUCUAACUUAACACAAACUCAUAAAGAAAUAAUGUUAGAACUGUUCGCAUUGGCUACCAGCAGGUACGCCGAUGUGAGAUCGCAAGCUCAAUCCAGUCUCUCCCGCGCUCUUCAACAUUUAUCAUACUCUUAUACGUUCAUCGUUCCACAGAUAAUUGAUAUAUUAAAAAAGGAUGCUGAAGAAAAUCAUGACGCUUAUAAGGGUGUUUUAUAUAUUUUGUUUGGUCCGCAACAAGAUCCCAUAAUUAUGAAACGCGAUUGGAAAAUGCUGAGAUCUUUAUGGCCAGCUAUAGUACUUUCUAAAACGUCUGAGAAAUUGUCCGUAAUCCGUUUAAAAGAAAACUUAGUGGAAACUGUAAAUAAACACUUCCCAACAAUUUCUAUCAAACUUGAACUACCAGAAACAUGUUUAACGAUUGCGGCUAAUUUAUGGUCAACUUAUCCACAACCUAACCUACCUCAGCCUUCUAAAGAAGAAAUCGAAAAAGGUUUAGAAAUAGUCCGAGAGACAGAAGAAUCUAAUCUUACGUCUUACAAUGGUUUGGUGGACGAUUUGUAUUGUGCUCUUUUGGAAAAGAAUUUGCAUUGGAGACAUCGCUUAAUGGCAAUGAGCUUUAUUCGAGACUUAGUUCAUCCAGAUCAAAUGUAUCCUCCGAAAGUCGUUCGUUACUUUUUAGAAGCGUUAAUACAUGAUUCGUUACAAGAAAGAAAAAUUGCUAUUAAAGUGGUUAUGUUUAUGUUGAAACAACAAAAGAGGGAACAUUUAAAGAUAACUAUCGACCCACCAACGCUGGAGAAUGAUUCAUCGCAAGAAAAUCAAUCUCAGAAGUUAAUGCCAGGACAAAGACCAGACAAUGCUUGGCUUCAAUAUAAUUACGAAACUCGUCCUGUGACUGCGGAACAAUGGGACGAACCUAGAUUCGUGCACGAUACUUACAUCGGAUAUUAUACGUGGCCAAAGAAAAUAGAAAUUUAUGCACCGUCAUCGAAACAACCAUGUCUAGAUGCAAAUGUUCGAACUUUAACAGACCACGAGAAAGAAGUCGUUCACUUCUUUAACGAUCCCCAAAAUAUUGAGAAACUCAUAAGGUUCUUCAGCCUUGAAGAAAAAAAAGGCAAAGAUAAAUUCAAUACUUACAAAUUUUUUCUUUUCAAAGGUCUCUUUCGUAAUCACGGGAUAUUAUUUUUGAAGCACUUUGUGCCACAUUUACGUAAAUUAGUUACAGAGAAACAAGAGAGUAGCCAAAGAUGCGCGGCAGAAAUUAUAGCUGGAAUUAUCAAGGGUUCGAAACAUUGGCCAUAUAACAUGGUUUGCGAAAUGUGGGAUUCUCUAUUACCAAUUAUAAGGCUUGCCUUAGCUAAUUUGACAAUAGAAUCUGUCAUGGAUUGGGGUGUGUGUUUCGCCUCGGCGCAACAAAAAAGAGAUCCAAAUAGACAUUAUUGGUUACUGGAAUGUCUGAUGGAAGAACUUCGUUUAGAUGACUCGGAGUCGUCCUUUGCUGAAUGUGGCCGUUUGUUUACUUUACAAGUGGCCCUUGACGAACACUCGUGGCGAGUUUCGGAAUUAUUACAUCGUCUGUUGAAACGCACAGAAGAUAGAUUACUGGCAAGUCCGUUCGAGAAUGUAAGAGAACGAUUAGGUUCCGUUCUAGUGACAGUGUUCACCGCAGAUUUAAGAUUUCCACAAGCCUUAAAGGAUCAGUCAACACCGCGAAUAGAAGACUUAAUAAAUAAAAUAGUACCAAAACUACGAUCUCUUGUAAAUGAAAAUGUAACAUUUGUUAGCAAAGAAGAACAAUCCUUAUCUACGCAAGUGGCCAAUAUUAAAUGCAACGACUCAUUAAAAGAAUCAAAAAUAAAUAUGGAAGAUCGAGAGACAGCCAUUCGAUUACUUAAGACAGUUUGCAAAUGGAUUACGAAUACUGUGAUUCGUUCACAAAAUGGCCUGCAGCCAGAAUUUUACCAGAUAUUUCCGAUUAUAUGUCAAUUGGAAAACUGUGACACAGACGAAGAACUGACAAAGCUUUGUAAAUCUACGUUAGGGGUACUUGCGCAAGCGUUUACCUUGUCGCGUGAUAUACCAAUAGCAUUAGAGGCAAUGAUACAAAUGUCGAAACAUUCGUCUUGGUGGACGCGAUCUACUUGCUCGCAAUUUCUUCAAGUAUUAGUGUUUCAUAAUAUGAGCACAUUUUUAAGUAACUCAGCAUGGGUCGAUUGUGUCAAAGAUAUAGUUUUACGUUUAUUAGAAGAUGAACGAUUGGAAGUAAGGAAAAGCGCUGGGCAAGUUCUAAGUGGAUUAUUACAUUGUGCGUUUAUACCAGAACAAGAAAAUUUAUUGGACGAGUUUAAGAAAAAAGCAAAAACUAAAUUGCAUAAGAGGGAACAAUCGAAUCACUCGCAUAGUGAGGCUAAGAAUUUAAAAAUUGACGCUAUACGUAUUCGUCACGCAGCUGUAUUAGGAAUGUGUGCAUUCAUACAAGCUCAUCCAUAUAAUAUACCAACAUACGUACCCUCGAUUUUUGAACACCUCAGUCCGCACAUGAAUGAUCCGCAACCUAUACCGACGACAAUUAGGAAAACUCUUGACGAUUUUAAGAGAACACAUUAUAAUGGAUGGAAGGGAAUAAACGGAUAUGCACAGCAUUUCACAGAAGAACAGUUAGCUGUGUUACAAGACUUGACAAUGCCUCCAUUCCAUUAUGCUUGAUAGAAUACUAAAACUUGUAUCAUACGUUUCCUAUGGUUGUAAUUGAAUUUUUAUGUGCAAGCUGUGUUGACGGUCAUCAAGGACACAAUCGUGAAGAAUUAUAAAAAAAAAUACUUUGUAGUGAUAAUGUAAUAAUUAGUCUCAUAAUGUUUAGAAAUUUUUUUAAUUAUUUGGUGCUGUGCUAACAUAAUAUAUUUACCGUAAUUAUUUAUCUCACAUUCCCCUCCCCCCCCCC